AUGACAGGAGGAGCUUUCUUUACACCCUCAGGAGCCGACGAGGAGUAUGACUUGGACGAAGAGGGCAACGAGAGACAUUCAGUACAGUGGAUAGGUACUGCUCAUGUCAAGGGGCCGAAAUGGGCGAAGUUCCCUUUGUUGACUGUCGGAAUGUUGGGUAUACAGUGCGUCUGGUCGAUCGAAAUGGGCUACGCCUCACCAUACCUCCUGGAACUAGGAUUAUCCAAAUCAUUCAUGUCGCUGGUAUUCAUGGCCGGACCAUUAUCAGGUUUGAUAGUCCAACCUCUAAUCGGUAUAUUCGCAGAUAGGUCCAGAUCGCCUCUUGGGAGAAGACGUCCAUUCAUGUUGGCUGGAUGUGCUAUAUGCGUAUUUGCAAUGAUGAUGUUAGGUUGGACAAGGGAGAUAUCAGGUUUGGUCAACGGUGGGAAAUGGUUAGCUAUAGCUCUAGCUGUAUGGUCCAUCUACUUGAUCGAUUUCAGUAUCAAUGCGGUCAUGUCGACGGAUAGAGCGUUGGUGGUGGAUACUCUUCCUCCGAGGGAACAGGAAGAAGGGAGUGCAUGGGCAGGAAGGAUGUUUGGGUUUGGUAGUGUUUUUGGUUUCUUUGUUGGGAAUCUCGAUCUGCCGCCGGUAUUACCUUUCCUAGGCAAAACGCAGUUACAGAUAUUGUCAUUUAUGACCAGUGCGAUACUUAUGAUCACACACACUUUCACUUCCUGGGCUGUAUCUGAGCGAGUGCUAUUACGAGACGAUCGCCCACAAUCGCAAAGCAGUCUGAAAGCCAAUCUGAAAUCAAUAUGGGACAACAUGUUCUCCCUUCCACCAGGUAUACGGACGAUUUGCUUCGUACAGUUUUUCGCCUCACUCGGAUGGUUCCCUAUAUUGUUCUUCACGACGGUCUGGGUAUCCGAGAUUUACAAAGCCUCAGUACCGAUCCCAGAAGGUAUGGACGAAGCAACCUUUGCAGCCGAUGCCGUCCGUUCAGGGGCAAGAGCCCUGCUACUACAGGCACUAGUAAAUAUAGUCACAUCGAUAGGUUUCCCAUUUUUAGUAUCCGAAUCGGGCGUACAGCCCGAAUCGGCGCAUACGUACUCCUCGAUAAAUGGUCAAGGUGGUAUGCCUGACAAUCCUCCGAAUUCCGCCUUAUGGAAACGAGCAAGAGAAGAGAUUCAAUCUGGAGGUAUCCUUAAGAAAAUGCUAGCUUGGUUAGGAGGAAUGCUAGAAACACUUAGAGACGGAUCGACGUGGCAGAUACCUUUCAAAGGAUUGACUCUGAUCAAAGUUUGGUGGAUCAGUCAAUUUGUCUUUGCGGUCGCUAUGGCUGCUAGUUGGUUUGUGACUACUGUCAGUGGCGCCUACUUUGUCAUUGCUACGACUGGAUUUUGCUGGGCUUUAUCCCAGUGGGCGCCAUAUUCACUACUUGGUGAACUCAUCCUUAUCGACGGAACUAUUGAUCGAUCUCAACCUUUGAGCAUCAUGCAAUCCCGCCCUUCAGUCGACAUCCGUCAUUCCAUCUCCUCCAAUCGAUAUUCCUACGAUCCACCAAGAAAUCAAGCGAGCUCUUCCCACCCCCUUCCGAACGAAGCCUCUUUUGUGAUCCAUGAAAGCGAUGACGAAGAUCAUGCACCAGAGAGCAAGGAAAAAGGGACAGCUGUCGAAGAAAGCGACGAAAAGGGAAACAAAAGGCUAUCAGGUGGAUUGUCGCCACUGAUCAUCCAAGGCGAAACGGUCGGCGAACCUGAAACGGGAUUGGGAUCAACGGUGAUUCUUCGACAUUCCGAUGAAUAUUCUCGAUCGGACAUAUCAGAUGAAGAGGACGAAGGAGACGACGAAGAAGGUCAAAGGAGAAUAUCAACUCAGAGUAGUGGACGUCGAGCUAUAACGCCCUCACCUACUUCACCACGAACUUCAAGCUCUGCUACACGAACACAGGAAAAGGGACAAAGUACAGCUGAUAAAGCAGGUGUGAUAUUGGGUAUACAUAAUGUUUUCCUAGUAUUACCUCAAUUCGUAGUCACCUUCUUAUCUUCCAUUAUCUUUUAUUUGAUGGAACCUGAAAAAGGUCUUCCGGCCCAUCACCCACAUACUACUAUACCCCUUACAGGCAAUGUCACCGCUCCGUCCACAAUUACCGAAGGGUUAGAAGGUGUGGUAGUAGGUUUAGGGGAAGAAAUGGUAAAACGGUUGAUAGUUGGGAGAGCCGAAGGGAUGGUCGAAGGAGGAUCUCCUGAUGCCGUAGGUCUGAUAUUUAGGAUAGGAGGUGUGAGCGCUGCGAUUGGAGGGUGGAUCUGCUGGAGACUGAGUAGAGACUGGGCGAGAGGAAAGGGUAUAUAA